UCACAAAUAGAUAUGGCGGACUGAGAAUACCUUUAGCAUUGAUCGUCAUCCUCGCCUCGACUUUCGCGGCUCCUCAGAACAUCAAUUGCUGCGAAAAUGAGCGACUGGGAGGAGGAAGCGGACGAGUCGACGAGUGUUUCCAAUAAUGCAUACAUUCCACCUGGCGGAAGAGGUUGGUACAAUUCCUUUAACAAGACCGCGAACCAGAAUUUCUCUGAUGCAAGAAGACCUGGCUUUGGACGCGGGCGUGCAAAUCGAUUUGGAAACUCAACGGAAAGUGGAAACCAGUAUUCUAGCCCAGGGAGAAGCAAUGGUUAUUCCAGAGAAGUGAAUUCCGGAGGCUUUGGCCGAGGUGAUGGCGGAUUUGGGCGUCGAGGUCAGGACUCAAACUUCUCACGUGGCGACAGCUCGUGGAGAGGAGACCGUGAUGAAAACAAUGAUGGCGGCCAUUGGAGGGAUCGAGGAGCUAGGGAGAAUUCCAGAGGAUUUGGCCGCUCGCGUGGAGGACAAGGACGUGAAAGAAAUAGUACUGAAAUGAUGGUUCCUUCGGACGACGUCCGUUAUAUUAUUGGUAAGGGUGGUCAGAAAAUAAGAGAGAUCCAGGAACAAAGUGGAGCUUAUAUAAAGGUGAAAAAGGAUGAUGCAACCUACAGUGAAACUCCAGUUGAAAUUUCUGGUACUGAUGAUCAGAUAAAAAAAGCCAAGGGAUUGAUUCAGGAAAUCAUUGGCCCAAGCUCGUCAGUGAUCGAUAACAUAGGAGGUCUUUCUUUAGAAAAUGGCACUUCAAGUGAAAGCUCCAAGCCAGCUCCACCUAAACCUAUUCCAUGGGCUAAAAUUCGUUCUGAACAGGCUGAAAGAGAAGCUGCUAAAUGGGAAGGUCUCCCACCCAUCAAGAAAGUUUUUUAUUGUGAGCAUCAUUCAGUUGCAAACAUGGAUGAAGAGGAGGUGGAGAAAUUCAGAUCUGAUAAUAACAAAAUCAUGGUUGAGAACUACGGAGAGACUGUUCAAGGCAGACAGAUUCCCAAUCCGGUCAGAACAUUUGGUGAAGCGUAUGCUGAUUUCCCUGAAAUCAUGGCAGAAAUAGACAAAGCAGGAUUCACAAGGCCGUCUCCAAUCCAGUGUCAGGCAUGGCCAGUUAUCUUGUCUGGAAUGGACUUGAUAGGAAUUGCACAGACAGGUACAGGGAAGACACUGGCUUUCCUUCUUCCUGCAUUCCUUCAUAUCGAUGGACAAGAAAUACCUCGUGAGAGCAGGGGUGGCCCAACAGUCUUGAUUUUGUCUCCCACUCGAGAACUUGCUUUGCAAAUUGAGGCUGAAGUCAAGAAAUUUCAUUACAGAGGAAUAAGAAGUGUCUGUGUUUAUGGUGGAGGGAGCCGCAAAGGACAAAUUCAAGUCGUACAAAAAGGAGUGGAGAUUGUGAUAGCCACCCCUGGUCGACUGAAUGACCUGCUGAUGAAUGAAAUUAUGGAUGUCAAAAGUGUUACGUAUUUGGUUCUUGACGAGGCCGAUCGCAUGUUGGAUAUGGGUUUUGAACCAGAAAUCAGAAAGAUUCUACUUGAUAUCAGACCUGACCGGCAAACAUUAAUGACCAGUGCGACUUGGCCUAAGGGAGUCCAGCGAAUGGCUGAUCAGUACAUGAAAGAUCCAGUGAGAGUGUUUGUGGGGUCAUUGGAUUUAAAUGCAUGCCAUAAUGUCACACAGCUGGUUGAGGUAGUGGACCCUGAUGACAAGAAAGAACGGACUCUUCAAUUUAUUUCAGGGAUGAGUGAAAAUGACAAAGUACUCAUUUUUGUCGGCAAGAAAGUCAAAGCUGACGACAUUGCAAGUGACUUCAUGUUAAGCGGAGUGCAAGGUGUCCAGUGCAUUCAUGGAGACAGGGAACAAGUUGACCGUGAACAAGCCCUGGACGAUUUCAAAACAGGCCUCGCAAAGAUACUUAUAGCAACUGACGUAGCUUCGAGGGGAUUGGACAUUCGUGGUGUCACGUGCGUGCUCAAUUUUGACUUCCCGCGAAACAUUGAAGACUAUGUUCAUCGAAUUGGCCGCACAGGGAGAGCAGGGAGAAAAGGCACCUCCCUAACCUUUGUGACGCGUGACGACUGGAGACAGGCUCAUAAACUAAUAAACAUAAUGGUUGAGGCUAAUCAGGUAGUCCCUGAUGAGUUAGCGGACAUGGCACAGCGCUAUGAAGAGUUCCGUGAACGGAACGGUUACAACAAUGACAGGGGAGGGAGGGGAGACAGAGGAGGAGGUGGAGGAGGUGGAGGCGGUGGUUGCUACAACUGUGGCGGCAGCGGCCAUUUUGCUCGCGAAUGUCCCGAGGGAGGGGGAGACAGGCGAGAAGGUGGACGAGGGGGUGGACGCGGAAGAGGACGAGGGGGAGGACGUGGGGGGAGAGGUCGACGUGAUCGAGACGAGGAUGAAUACUGGCAGCAAGGAUACGGCUUUUACUAAAGAGCGGUGUAUUGAGUAAGAGGGACACCCUUCCCCACCCUGGUUAGUGUGAAGGAUAUUCGCUCAAAUGGCCCGCAAGUAAAGUUUCACCGUUUCAGAGGAAAACGGUUUAUUCCGGUGUCCUUUUACAGGAUCUAUACAUAGCGAAGUGACCAACGUUGUACGGGUCGUGGCGCCUUUUUUCACCUUUGCCAUCCAUGGCAAAUUUGUUCAGUGUUUCUCCCUCAAGUUGCCUCAACAGUUUUUGUGCUUUGUGAGGAGAAAAAAACACGUCGGUAUUUUUGGAGUUGAAAAUUCCCUUUGAAAUCUUAAUGGAUAUAACAUGGUUAAAGUUGAACGAUUUAACUGUAGUCAAGUCGUUUCUUUUACCGUUUUCUUUAGAGGAGCGGUUUUCAUUGAAUUUGUAAGAACUCCAGUAUCAUUUAUAAGGAUUGCAGUGUUAUUGUGAACCCGCAUCCCGUUGUUAUGUCUGUGAAAGCCAGGGUAGUUCUUGAUUAACGUUACGCUGACGUAACAAUUAACGAAUGGGUAAUUAACGCUGGGCUGUUGGACAUCUUCAAAUGAUUAAUCCAUUUGUAACAUAGUCGUCGAGCUCGGUCGAGCUAAGGGACUGGUGCGAGUUUGGUGGUAAUACCAAAACGGAUGGAAUGCGGGCUCACAGAACGACCUUGUUUUGUCAGUUGUGAGGGUGUCAAGAGUUUGAAAUCUUUGGCCACAAGGAAACGAAAUGCGUGGCUUGAAAUUUUAAAUGAUCGUGGGACCAGUGGACGGGUAAAAACUUCAACGAAGGCAAACUAGAAAUGAGCGAAUUUUAAGGGAGGAGAAACGUUUCUUCCGACGCCAGAACAUUUUCGUCAUCAGGCUUGCCAGCCAGUUGUACGAGUAUAUUCCGAGCGCGACUGGCAAUUGUUUCUCACGACUGUAUUCGUUAAACUGCGCUUGCAGGAUGGCGAAGUACGUUUUCUAGUCGGUGUUUCACUGUUGUCUCUCCCUUUUUAUCGAGAGAAAAAUUCUUGUUCGCUUCGACGUAUAGUUUGUGACACCUGCUCGUUUGAAGGUACUUCUCUAGAUUAUUUUCUAGACUUCAAAGUUUUAUUCUCGCUCUUCUUGGGUUAAUUACCACCUAGAAAUGUUCCUAAACGGGGUACGAUGUUCCUUCAAAUAUUUUGUUUAAAUUGUUAUAAGAUAAAAUGUAAAGUCGGAAGGCAUAUGUACUUAACAAAAGAUAUACCAGAGCAGAUAUUUUAUGACAAGAAACGACAAUAAAUAUUUGGUCGCGUU